CCAGGUCAAGCCGGUUCCGUCUUUUCCGUCUUUGUUGUACCGGGAGCAGCAUGAGCAGCGGCAGGGAGGGCGCUCCGGGGCUGUCGGCCCGCGGCUCCCGCAUCGCCGGCGGCGCCCGGGGGCUGCUGGACAAGGGCUUCGACAUGUACAUCGCCGACCCCUUCGACCGCGACCGUAACCCGCAGGGCAUUUUGAAUUUGGGAACAAGUGAAAACAAAUUGUGCUUUGAUUUGAUACAGGAGAGACUUACAAGACCGGACAUGAACUAUGUAGAGCCUGACUUGUUGCAGUAUUCUGAUACACAAGGCAUUAAAAGCUUCAGAGAAGAAAUCGCCAAAUUUCUCACUGAAUAUGCCAGAGCUUCAAAAGCAUUGAAUCCAGAGCAUAUAAUUGUUAUGAGUGGCUGUUGUGCUGUCUUUGCUACCCUUUCAACUGUAUUAUGUGAUCCUGGAGAUGGCUACCUUAUUCCUACUCCAUACUAUGGCGGUAUAAAUUCCAAAACUCAACUGUAUGGUGAAAUACAACCUGUUCACGUUCCCCUGUUUAGUGAGGUGACUGAUGAAGAAAGUCACCCUUUUCAGUUAAGAGUUGAAAAAUUAGAAGCUGCCCUACAAAGAGCUAAAGAGCAGGGCAUCCGAGUCAGAGCAUUAAUCCUGAUCAACCCUCACAAUCCAUUAGGGGACAUUUACCCAGCACAGUUACUGAAAGAAUGUCUAGAGUUUGCGCACAGAUAUGAAUUGCAUGUAAUAAUGGAUGAAAUAUACAUGCUGUCUGUUUAUGAUGAUAUCACCUUCACCAGUGUUCUAAGCUUAGACUGUUUACCAGAUCCAGAACGGACACACUUUAUGUGGGGCUUUAGCAAGGAUUUUGGUAUGAGUGGUAUCAGAGUUGGAGUGUUAUACACCAGAAGUCAUGAAAUUCGGAAAGCUGUGAAUCAACUGGCUGUUUUUCAUGGAUGCCCAGGACCUGUUCAAUAUGUUCUUAGCCAAUUCCUUAGUGACAGAGAUUGGUUGGAUAAUGUGUUUCUUCCUACCAACAAGAAAAGACUUAAGGAAGCACAGAACAUUCUUGUGGAUGGUCUUUCGGAGAUUGGAAUACCUGUUCUCAAAAGCUCUGGAGGACUUUAUGUUUGGGCAGAUUUCAGAAAAUUCUUAAAAUCACAGACUUUUGAAGCUGAAAUGGAGUUAUGGUGGAAGCUGCUUCAUGAAAAACUCCUCAUUAGUCCUGGAAAAGCCUUUUACUGCUCUGAGCCUGGAUGGUUUAGAUUGGUCUUCUCAGAUUCUGCAGAUAAGAUGUAUUUGUGUAUUCAGAGACUGGAGCAGAUGUUGCAUGCUGAAAUUACAGAACCAGCUGCAAAUAAAACAUCUGUAGAAGACGAGUUACCUAAUUCAGAACAUGACCCUGUAGCCACCCAUGCCAACACACCAAUAGAUGAAGUUUCUCACCUGAAAAAAAUUGUUGUCUAUUAAAGCCUUAUAUGACAUUUACAGAUUGAACAUGAUAUAGCAUGAUUAUGUUUACAUAAACUAUGUAAGACUUCACCCUGUUACUUUGGCUGUAACUUUCCAUAACAGUCUCACUUUGCUGUAACCUGUGGUUACUCUUUUUGCAAACUAGGCUACUAAAACAGAAUUUUAGGGAACCUAGCAGGUUUCCUGACUCUUUACGUCUGCUCAGCAGAUCACUUAUGUGCACUCAUCUUUAGGCGUGGAAUACUGCUACAAAUCAGUGAGUCUUAAGCACAUGCUUAUCUGCAUUGCUGAAUCAGGGGCUUAAGGCAUUUUGGACAUAAUAGAAAGAGACAGUGCAUAUUGUAUUGGGGGAGUAUAUUUAUAUUUCAAUCAGAAACUGAAAAUGUUGGGUUAUCUGAUUGGUUCUGAUUGUCAGGUUUUGCUAAAUUUUGUCACUUGGCAAAAUGUGUUUUUUUUUUUUUUCUAUAUCCCUAGGAACUGUAAGAAAAUUCAAACGUGCGCACAGCUUUUUUAAUAUGCACACUGAUAUAAAUACUUCCUAAGAAAAUGUUCAGCUUUUUGGCUUCUGUACUCCCUUCCAGAUGUGUAAAAGUGUUUAUUUGUAUAUUGCAAUGGUUGCAUCUUUGUUGCAAAAAUAUAGGUUCUUUUGGAUAAGUUUUUAACAUAAAACAUAAAGACAG